AUGCCAAUUGACAGCCAGCCACAAUUCACACACUUUCCAAGCCAAUCACAGAACUCGUCAAUAACACUGCUAAAUACGCAGAACCCUCAUUUCGGACUUUUCCCAUCGUCUAACAGCAUGUUGACCGACUUUUAUGCGCAUUCCACCCUGUCUUAUUAUUACUAUCCUAUUACCUCUCUCAAGAGCUCGUCUCAAGCGAUCCAAUCACUUCUUACCUCGGUACGGAAGCGCAUCCGUCGAAUAAAGCGCUUUCUCACGCUUACUCUUAUUGGUACACUGCACGUCUCGUUUGGUCCGGUAACCGUUCACCCGUAUGUUCCUCCGGCUGCUCAUGCUGGUUUAUGUAAUCGUGUGGCCAUCACAUACAUUGAAGUGGUCGGCCACGAAAAAGGAUGUAACCUACCGUGUGAUAUCGAAGAACAGUCCGAAUUCUUGAGGAAAAAGAUGCAGCAUAUCCAAGAAAAGUAUGAAAAAGAGGACAGAAUCAAAAAGAGGAAGAAGUAUCUGGAAAAGUAUAUGCGAUAUGAAUGGCUGUGGCACUGUAAUAUGAGAAAGGAAAAGCAUGUCAAAAUUCCUCACGCUCGUUCGAAAAUAUCCACUUUCUACUCCCCCACAUUCACUCUUCUACCGGCUGAAGUGAAGUAUAACAUGACAAACGCGAACGAAAAUACUCACGAACCGUCCCCACACGAUCGUAUUGUUCUCAAUGUUGGUGGUGUCAAGUACGAAACUUACAGAUCAACCUUAACAGCAUACCCAGAUACUCUCCUCGGCCGUAUGUUUCAGGCUCGCAAUGCGGCCCUCCUCCAUCCAACCAACGGCAACGAAUACUUUAUUGACCGCGAUGGACACGUGUUCCGUCACAUACUUCAAUUCUAUCGUACAGGAGAAUUGCACUAUGCAGAAGAUCAAUCAACACCAAACAACAACUGCUCCUAUGCACACCUUGCAAUAACAAAGAAGGAACUAGAGACGGAAGUCGACUACUUUCAAAUCCCGGUUGGCGAACCGUUGAAACUGGAUCGUCUAGUCAGACAGGCGAUGUUUGAUAAAGUAGACGAUUUUAUCGAAGCAUUGAAAAAUGUUAUAUAUGUCGUUUUAUCCAAUUUCAAGAGACAGGUUAGUUUAACCUUUUACGAGGACGAAAUGGAUCCGGUUGUGGACGAUCUCAACUCGGUAUAUGUUGGCUCGCAGAUAUAUACCAUCAUCCUACCGUUUCGAGUGGUUGGAUAUCUUAUACUGGAUAAGUUGGGAGACGAGAUUGGGAAGUAUUUUGAGAACAAUAACAAGGAAUUGAAAUGGGAGGCGGUAAGGGACGAAGAUUAUAAGAUCUGUGUCACGUUAAAGUUUGAAUUCAAACAUGUGGCAGCUGACGAGAUUAUUAGAAACACGUGUUUAUCUACCGAGUUGGCGACGAAUGAUGCAUAG